AGCAUGCGUAUACGCAUACCAAAAUAAGAACAGUUGAAAACGUUGCUGAGCAUGCAAAUAAUAACAAUAAAAAGUGCGGAAAAAGUGUAAAUAUAUCACGUCCAUAUCAUCUAAGUAUUGAACAUUACUUAAAAAUAUUACAACCUAUUAGUUGAAAAGAAAACUGAGGAAAUUAAUAAUGACAAUGAUCCUGUUGGUGCCUUACUUAAUAUUUGCUAUUGGAAUAACCGUUGUUACGUUUUCUUACGCGAUCUUAUUUUUUAAAUGCAAACAAAAAGCAUUUGUGUCAACAGGACUCUUCUAUCAAGGAAAAGAAAUUCGAAAGUUUGAUCAGGCACCUGGUCCAAAACCCUGGCCUAUAAUCGGAAAUUUAGAUUUGUUAGGUCGGUUUAAAAAUAACCCUUUUGAGGGUUUCGGAGCAUUAACAAAAAAAUAUGGUGACAUUUACUCAAUAACUCUCGGACACACUCGCUGCUUAGUUGUUAACAAUGUUGAAUUAAUUAAAGAAGUUUUAAAUAAAAAUGGGAAACAUCUUGGAGGGCGUCCGGAUUUUGUUCGAUACCACAAGCUAUUCGGCGGAGAUCGAAGCAACUCAUUGGCCCUGUGCGAUUGGUCACAAUUACAACAAAGACGGAGAAAUCUAGCACGACGGCAUUGUUCUCCUCGAGAAGCAUCCACAUAUUUUUCAAAGAUGUCUGAUAUCGGAGGCUUUGAAAUUAUUCACUUACUGGACCAGCUAAAUAAAACCUCAUCGGGAAAUUCAUGCGACAUAAAACCUUUAAUUCUUCAAGCCAGUGCCAAUAUGUUUUGUCAAUAUAUGUGUUCAGUCCGGUUCGAUUACAACGACAAAGAUUUUCAAAAAAUUGUUGAGUACUUUGAUGAAAUCUUUUGGGAAAUUAACCAAGGAUAUUCUUUUGAUUUCUUACCGUGGUUAAUACCGUUUUACAAUAAUCACAUAAAAAAAAUAGUUCAUUGGUCCACUACAAUACGUACAUUUAUUUUAGAUAGAAUUGUCAAGCUUCGGGAAAUAAACGUUAAUUUAGAAGAGCCUGACAAAGAUUUUACUGAUGCUUUGCUAAAAAGUCUAAAAGAAAAUCAAGAUGUAUCGCGUAAUACAAUAAUUUUUAUGCUUGAAGAUUUUAUUGGGGGGCACUCCGCGGUUGGGAAUUUGGUAAUGUUGGCACUGGCGUACAUAGCUAAAAAUCCAUCGAUUGGUCAACAAAUUAAGCAAGAGGUAGAUAUCGUUUCCAAUAAGGGCUUAAGAAGUAUUAGUCUUUAUGAUAUGAAUGUAAUGCCAUAUACAAUGGCUUCGAUUUCAGAAGUAUUACGAUAUUCGUCGUCUCCUAUUGUUCCUCAUGUAGCUUUGGAAGACACAGUAAUAUCUGGAUUUGGCGUUACAAAGGGCACAAUCGUUUUUAUAAAUAACUUUAUUUUAAAUAUGAACGAAAAAAACUGGAGUUGUCCCGAUCUAUUCGAGCCAGAGCGAUUUUUAGAAAUAAAGAAUAUAGAUCACAAAAAUCAUCCAUUAAAAUUGAUUGACUUUGAAAGAAGGUCGGAGGGAUCAGACCUCUGUGUUAGCUUUGACGAACAGAGAAACAGCAAGUCGGGUGAGAUUAAGCUAGACAAAUUUGCGAAAAAAAAAUGUAACACUUUGCUUCAGCUCAAAAAGACUAUUCCUCAUUUCUUACCUUUCAGUGUAGGUAAGCGCACAUGCAUUGGACAAAACCUCGUAAGGGGUUUUGGUUUUCUAUUACUUGCAAAUAUUAUAAAGAACUACAAUGUUAACAGUGCUGACAUUUCAAAAAUUAGAUUAGAAAAAUCGAGCGUGGCUUUGCCGCCAAAAUGUUUUAAGUUAUUAUUGCGACCAAGAACAUAAAUUUGAUUGCAUAACAUUUAUGAUAAUAAUUUGUAAAUCUGUAAGCACGACAGUCACAAAA